AUUGUUGACACAUUUAUUAAUAUCAAUAGUGAAAUUCCAUCGUGAUUUUGGAAUUUUUUUCGUUACAAAAGAAGUUCUCAAGAGAAGAAAAGUCAAACGUCUUUUUUUAGGCGUGGCAGGUUUGUGGUGGGUUGAAGAAAUUUUUAAAAAUAACAACGCAUUCAUGAACAUUCGUAAUAUAGCAUUUUACGUUCAUUUAAGACGCUCUAUUCAUGAUAUUUAAUUAGUUACUAUUUUUGAUUACCAAUAGACUAUUUUACAUAGCUAUGAAAGAUAAACAUUCAAUAAGAAGAAACUGAAUGGAACAAAGAGUUUGCAAACGAAACGAUCAACAUCAAGAAUUAGCUUCGAGAUUUGGUUAGUUGACUAAACAUUGGAAAGAGUAGAAAAGGUGGUAGUGAGGGUACCAUUUAAACGUCGGUGAUGGUUAGCAGACUUAUACUAUUCCAUCAAUUGCCAGCGUAAACAGUGUUUGAAUAAACCAGAUUCCAAUUAUACGGCACGCGCUCAAACGUUUAUUCGGCUUUGCCAAAUACAAUAGAAAGACUUGUUACGAGUUUAAAAAUUGGAAUAAAUCCUUUCCGAAAGUUGGUGGUUAAUUCUAUCGAUCGAUCUAGAAAAUUUAACGUAAAUAUAUGUUAUUAAAUUGAUAUCAUUUUGUUUGGGACGAAAAUGGCGAAGAAUGGUAGACCCGUGUUUGAAGAAUGUAACAUUCAAGAGUUCGAUAAAAGAGCGCGAAAAUACAACAGAAUCAACAAGAGCAAAGACAAAUUCGAGGAGACUGAUUUACCAAGUCCACCACCCGAUCCUUGGACAACCCCAAGAUGUUCUCAACCCAUUAAUAAUUUAUCUGUAGAACCGUCGCAAGAAGAGGACGAUAUAAUUGCUUAUUUAACGGGUAUUCGUACACCACCACCAUGCGAUAGUCGUAACUCCGAUUGUUUAUCAAGAAAUUCAGCUACAUCGACUAUGGCUGUGGCAAGUCUUUAUACGGAGGAAUCCUUUGAACAACUGGACAGGCUUUAUGAAAUGGCGGAACAAAUACUGGAAUUUCGUGACCGUAGCUCGAAAUUAUUCAGACGUGUCAGAGAAUUAGAAAAACUGAAGGUAUUGAGAAUGGCCGAUUUACGCGCGGAAAGAGCAAUUUUUUCUAAUUACGACAUUAGCAGUGAUUUACCUGAUGAAGAUGCUGGUUUUGCUGAGUCUUUAUUGGAUGCAAUAAUAUCGAGCAGUCGAGAUUCUCAACUUCCAAGACGAAACCCAAGGUCACCGUCUUCAUCGAGACAAAGAAGUCGAUCGCUUGCCGUUUCUGAACAAUCUUUGCCACGAUCACCGAAUCUGGGAAACCGUUCGGCACUUGGUAUAGAAAAGGCUACCUUCAGAAAUGAAACUUCCGGCGUUCCGAAAGUCUCUAAAUGGACCAGAGUGAAGGCUGCUUUUAAGUGGGAGAGAGCUUGUCCCAAUGAUAUGACAGAUUCAAACGUAGAACAAACACCAACACCAAAUACACCGACUACGAAAUACCUUCGAAUUCCAGAUAUUGCAUCUGGAAAUUGGUCUGGUACAGGAGAACUCUCAGGACCCUCCACUCCACUUGGCCGACCCUCAUCAGCUUCCUCCUCUAACGAAGAUGUAUUCGAUCGUCAACGAAAGUACAUGUCCGAGACUGGUGAUCGACGGGUGUCCAGAAUAAAAGAAUUUUCGAAGAAAAACGAAUCAACCGUAUGCAACGAAUUACUCGAAGAUGACGUUAUUGUGACUAACAAUGAGGACGGUGUGCAGCAUGCGAGUGAGAUACGAGAGACUAAUCAAGGAAAACCAGUUAUUCGAAUCACGAAAGAAAAUACUCCUGAACCUCAAAUCAAGAUAUCUAAUCCGAAAUUAUUAUCGAGUUCUGGAAAGGACGCAGAAGUAACGCUUAAGAAACCAACACCGACUUUAACUAUCACGAUACCAUCUAGCGAAGAAGAAUUUAGAAAUGUUUCCUCACCUGAAUCGACUUCACCACUUCCUUCUAGUACGCUUGAUUCAGGUCAAAGUUCGCCAUAUCAAGGAAAAGUACGUCAGAGUGGUCAAAAUCUGACAGAUUUUAAACGACAGCGAUCAACUGCGGAGGAAUCACCGGCUUCAAAAAUCCAAAGAAUUGAUUCUAAAUGGAACAAAGUUAGACGGGCAUUUUUAUCCAACACUGCUUUCAGUGUUCCACCAAGUCCAGUGAGAAUAAUUGCUAGACAAUCCUUUCUUCAUGAUGAACCAGAAACACCUAGGACUCGUAGUUGCAGUGGAAGUGUAGAGGAUUUAUCAAAGAGUUCCUUAAUGUCAAACACCCAGUUGGAAACUCGACGAGAUUAUCAAGUAUUACGAGAAAAAUUGAGUGUUGAGUUUCAUCGAAAAUUGAUUGAAUGGGAACGAUUAAAGAGAUCAACAGGAGCCAAUACGAGAAGCACUCGAGAUGCAUUUACUUCCAGCAAUGGAACCACACCAAAUAGUCCUCACGAGAGUUUGCUUCUGACAGAGGAAAGACUAGCUCCAGAAUUUAAAAAGAAACUGCAAGAAUGGAAACGAUCGAAAAAGGGACGUAGGGGAAGUACUUCUACAGAAUCCCAACGAGUAAGUCGACGACGUUUAACGGAUUGGCAGCUCUGGCGAUAUCCUUCAAAACCGGAAACGAAAGUCCAGGAAGUUAUGGGUCCUCGUUGUAGCUGUGGAAGCGUUGGAAGUACCGGUAGUGUUGGAAGCGAUAGCAAACCUCAUUUGUGCGAGGAUUUUGUUAGAAGGAUGGAAGCAUGGAGAAGACUUAGCGAAGCAUCGAAAAGGCCAUCAUCAUCUGCUCGAUUAGGUUUCACCUCCGGUAUCGUCGAUGAGACGGAAUUUCUUGCUUUAAACAGAGUCCUUUCGGUUUUCGGAAGUCUCGAGCAGGAAACUCAACAGGACAGUGAUUGGUUUGAACAAAGAUCAAACUUUACCGAAAAGUCACAAAAUUUAAAAGCUGGAAAUGAAAUCUUAAUUCAAACGUCGGUUGGUUCUUAUCGCUUCGAAGGUAUAUCACAAGAAUUUACCAGGAAAUUGUAUGACUGGGAAAAAUUUCGUGGCAUAUCUCCGAGGUCUUCUACAUUUCGUUUGUUAGGUCCAGCUUAUGCACCUCUUGCAGGAACGAUGAACGAUUCGACGACAACCGAUGUCGCAACUGCAACAGACGAAGAGGAGACCUUUCUUGGUGGUAUCAAAAGAUCUAAAUCAGUUGGAAGUAUCAUGGAAACUAGUGGAUGUAAGCAGCGAUUUAUUCGUCGUUCUGCUAGUUUACAUUCGUUAAAAUAUUUAACCGAAAAAUUAAAAGAAUUAAAUCUUAUGAAUGAUUCCUCAGUACCUGUAGAUCAAGAAAGAAGGCCAGACACAUCGGAAGAUGGAAUUAUCGAUGAUUUUGAACCGGAAGCUAUGAUUGUUGAUAUCGAGGAUGUCAUAGAAGAAACAGCUAGUCCUUUAAGAAGAAUUCAACCUCAUCAGACUCCAGUUUAUUCCGUAGCAGCCAGUGAAACGACAAGUAUAGCUGUACCACUUGGUACAGUGACAUCCAGUCAUGAACCAUCUCCAGCUAUUUUAAUGGAAGUAGAAGAAGAUUCGGACAGAGAACAACAGUGGGAAUCGAGAAGUUGGAAUUUGAGGACUGAUCUUUCGGCUAGGGAUUCAACUGUUCCAGGAAAUUGGCACUCAUUUUGGGAUGAAAGAACUAAUUUUUCAACAUACGACAAGAGUAAUUCGGAAUUUGGGAAAGAUGAGCACCGAAGAUCAGAUCAUAGUUAUCAACAUGCUUCUGAUCAACAGUUGUGGACGAUCGUUGGGUGGAAUAAAAAGUCCAAAUAUUUCAAUGAAAAUGACGAGUCUGUUAAAACUGAUCUUCGUUUUGGAUUAACUCAGAAUGAACAAUCGUUGGAUGAUAAUAAGGAAGAAUAUAAUUGCAUUAAUUUGAAAAGUGAUGUAGCGAGUAUUCAUUUUGGGGAAAAUAAUGAGGAUAAUACGGACAAAAUCUGGACAAUGACUGAUGAGUCUAUUGAAGCAACAACUGUACAUAGUGUAUCCAAAUCUGAGAACACUCUGACUAAAACUCUGGAAACAAUGGAAAAAUCAAUGGAGUUGCCGUUCGAGAAUAACAUGGAGGAACAAAGGAACGAAAGGAAGGAGCUGAAAAAUUAUGAGGACGAGAACGACGAUGAGGAUAUUAACGAUGGCAAGAAAGAAAUCCCUAUUAGAAAUAAAAAUGAUCCGAGUCCAAGCUUUUCUUACCAUCAUCCAACUGGAACAAUACACACUGCCAGUAAUGUAGGAAUCUUUUCAACGAAUUCUACCGUUCUAUCUUCGAAUUCCAAAACGGAUUUCUUUAGGAACAACAACGCUGGUAUAAAUGAAAUUUCAAACAAGGAGAAAAAUUUCAAAGAGGAAUACAACGCGGAUAGAAAAAUAUUUCAAUUACGUCAAUACGGUGAUGACUUUAAUGCAAUAAAAUAUUCCCACGAUUUGUCACCCUCCAGUAUUAUCGAUAACAAAUAUGGCAAUAACAGUAAAGAAAUUCGAAACGUAAAUAUUUCGAAGGAAGACGAAAUAACGAGAGAUAAUGUCUCUCACGUAAAAGGAAUUGAAACUAAUCGAAAAAUGGAACAGAAACAAUACGAUUCUUUCGAAAGAAUUUCGAUAUUACCAUUCAAAAAUGAUACUAUGGAAUAUCGGGAGCCAACUAUUAGAACGACGCCAUUAACUGUAUCGUCUCAACGUGAAGCACGUUGCGUUGAAAGGAUUAUUAUUAAUGAAGAAACAUUAAAAAAAAUAGUCGUUCCUACUGCAAGCAACGAUAGUGCGAGUAAUUCGUCGAGGUCAAAGAGGGAAGAUUCUUCGGAUGCUUCGAAUAAUCAUUCAGACUUGGAUGAAGCUUGUAAGGACAACAACGGUCUUCCUCCUAAACUUGGUUCUUACGUCGUAAAUCAAAACGUUAAUAAUAAUGGCGAACACACGAAACAGAAAGUGGAAUCUACAUCGCGAAACGUUUUCGUAAAAACUAAGCGUAUAAUAUUUUCACCUUUUCGUCGAUUGGACGAUCGUCGUUCUUCCCAUGAUAAAAAUGUCAGUAACGAGUCUAAUUCGAAUCAAAUGGAAAGACAAAAGAGUAAGAGUAAAAGUAAAUCAAGAUCGGCAUCACCGAAAACUUCGCGACACGAGACUAUCCCUCGUAUUCCUCUGUCACUUCAAUGGAACGUCCUUCGAUCUUCCUCGAAGGAACCGGAAACAAAGGACGACGACAAUGUUCCUCUUGAAAAACACGGAGAAGAAAGGUCUUGGUUUCAAAAAUAUCAUAGGCGUACGCGUUCCGGAGAAGAACGUGUCAUUCAGAAAAAUAAAAUAAUAACUGAAAAAGAAGAAGAAGAAGGGGAAAAAAUUAAUAACGAUAUGGUUGAAUCGAAAAAAAUAAGCGAAAAUAUUAAUAAAAAGAUGGCGUAUUUGGAUGAAAAGGAAGUAGCGAUAGAGAAAAAAGAUGAGGAACGUAAAAAAGUUUAUCGAGAUCCCGUUGAUGAUGGUUACGAAGAAAUUAUAGUUCGAGAGACUCAACAAGAUCAUCAUUUAUCCGUACCAAUUUUUGGGAUAAAGGAAGAAGACGAAACAGAACGUUCAACGAUAACGGAAGAUAAAUUGCCAUCAGAUCUUGUACACAAAUUACGGAUCCUUUCAAAUGCGGCGGCCAAAAGGGACGGUAGAAUUGGUAGUUGUAUCGACACAAUGACAACGGAAUCACGGAGCUCAAAAUUACAACGGGCAAAAGAGGGCUUCCUGUCGCGUCGUGGUGGUCCCUUGUGUCAGUCCACAUUAGAACCUAUGACAUCGGUAACUCAAAAUCAAAAGGGUGAUUCACCCUUUACAAAUUAUCAUAAAGAUGAUUUGACUUUGAACGUUGAUAAUAUAAAUCGUGAUGAUACGAAUUGGGACACAGCAAUCGACUGCCCUAUUCAAACGUCAUCCGUUUCACGAUCACCAACUCUUUCUCAGAACUCAAAUUCCAAACCUGAAUUGGUUAAAUCUGCUAGCGCAGGAAUGAUAAAUGUCGAUCCGGAUACUUUUGAUCGGCUUGCUACGAAUAAUAAUCGUGGAUGUGAGUCUUUACCGCGAACAAUAUCGAGACGAGAUUCCGAUGGACCCCUUGCAAGAAUAGUAAACAAAUUAAGAUUUUCGAAAUUGAUACGUGGCAAGGACAACGAAAGUGGAAGUAUGAGUACGAUCUCUACAUUAUGUCGGCAAAGUUUACUCAUUGACGUUCGUCCAGAUCUCGAGGAAUGUUACGAAAAUGAGGAUCGGUCUGACGUAAACGAGAAAGAAGAAAAUAACAAGGAACGUCGGUGAGAUUGAAGUGGUAAGAAUCGGAGAAUUUAGAUUUAUGAUUGAAGUUAAUGGACGAUGUUUAAAAUGGUAUUCCGUAAAUUAAAGUUACAAUCAAACUAAAUAUUUUAUCAAAUGAAAGUGAAUAACGUGAAAAAUAAAAAACAAUAACUAGGUACGUAUGUCCAAUUCUACAUAAUAAUCUAUUAUUUUCAUACAUUACCGAUACUUAAAAAAUAAUUAAAAAAAAGAGAAAUAAU